AUGAGCGUAUCUUGCACGAAAGGUGCUUUUAUCGACCAAGUCAGCUACAUAUUCCAGGAUUGCUCGACCAUCUUAUUCAUCCAUGACUUUGGCGACGGGGGCGAUUUGCUGAAGCUGCAUAAUCAGCGCGGUGGAUUCACCUUGGAGGAGGUGCUCUUCUACACGUGCGAGAUGGUCAUUGGCCUGGAGUUCAUACACCAGCAUAAUAUCUGCCACAGAAACAUUUGUCCGAGGUCGAUUCUCAUCUCAGGCACCGGACAUUGCAUGAUCAGUAACUUCUUCGACGCUGUCAUCUGCUCUAACAACAAUGAAAUCACUGGCGACGUCGGUUCCCCUCAGUUCAAAGCACCGGAAGUUAUCUCCGACAGCUACAGCAAAUCGUGUGAUAUCUUCUCUCUUGGCUGCACAAUUUAUUACUUGUUUUAUGGAGAGUCGCCAAUAGUGACGGACCCUAUCACGGAGCAAAUAUCGUAUAAAUUGCUUGACAGAUUGAAUCAAGUCUCGCCACUUGACACUGUCUUUGACUUGUCCACUCAAAAUGCGAUUGAAAAGAGUCAAAACGAAGAUAACAGCGGCGAUCAGCUUCAAGAAACCGAAUUUCAAGACAUUUUAAUCCGAGGAGUUUGCUCAAAAGCCGCCGAUUCCAGGUUCAACCCAACGUGGUCCAAAAGAGAGAUUUUUCUCUUUCCGAAUCGGCUCGAGAUACCGGCCGAGCAGAUCGUCAUUCCCAUCGACGAGAUCAUCUCGGUGGAAAAGAUCAAGCCAAAAGACACUGAGGCGAUUCUUAUUAAAACUCAUUCGCGGGACAUCACUUUCUCUUUCGAAAUGGGCUUCGAGCAAGAGCAGUGGUACGUCGACAUACUAAAAGUGUGGAAAAACGUAACAAAUCUUUCGAAAAACGCGCCAAAGCAAAUUUCAAUACGAAGAUCGAUGAAAGAAGAAAUGAAGAGGCAGAAAAAAGUGGCGAUUGCGCACUCAAAAAUCGCCAACGGAUCCGUAUCAUCAAUUUAA